CCGUUCCUGCCACCCGCCGCCUCCCCUCUCUGCUGCCUGUCUUCUCUCCUGUGACUCUUUCUGCAGCUCUUGGUCCCGUCUUAACUCUGCCUCUGCCUCUCUGAGCGACUGCCCCCUUCUGAGUCCCUGAACUCCUCGUCCACGUCUCAUAGGGUCCCGUCCGAAAGCGUCAAGGUCACCGUGGCUCAGCAGCAGCCUCCGCUUCUCCCAGGAAGCACUCCCUGGGAAAGAGUCAGCACAACGCUGACAUCCACACCGCGUGAAAUGGGAAAGGCGUAGUCUCUUCUGCUAUAAUCACGAGGAAAAGAUAUCUCUCAGCAUUACAGCAACAGGUGUGCUGCUUUCUGCAGACGAAUUUCAACCAAGACCUGGUCCCCACCAAGAACAUACCAUCUAAAACCUUGUAUGUAAAUCGUGGUCCACAGCCCGCCACUUGGCUGCUGGGGAGAAAUGCAAGAUCUACCAAAUCAGAACCUGCAUGUUAACAUCACCCCCAGUGGUCCCUGUGCUUGUCAACGUGUGAGAGACAUACACGCCUGUACACGGCAUCUCAGCCAGCAUUCAGAACGAGCUGUCCCAGCCCCCGACCAUCACCAAGCAGUCGGUGAAGGACCACAUUGUGGAUCCCCGCGACAACAUCCUGAUCGAGUGCGAAGCAAAGGGGAACCCGGCCCCCAGCUUCCACUGGACUCGAAACAGCAGGUUCUUCAAUGUCGCCAAGGACCCCCGGGUGUCGAUGAGGAGGCGGUCCGGGACCCUGGUGAUCGACUUCCGCAGUGGAGGGCGGCCAGAGGAGUAUGAGGGGGAGUACCAGUGCUUCGCCCGCAACAAAUUCGGCACAGCCCUGUCCAAUAGGAUCCGCCUGCAGGUGUCCAAAUCUCCCCUGUGGCCCAAGGAAAAUCUAGAUCCCGUGGUGGUUCAAGAAGGCGCCCCCUUGACACUCCAGUGCAACCCGCCGCCCGGACUUCCGUCCCCAGUUAUCUUCUGGAUGAGCAGCUCCAUGGAGCCCAUCACCCAAGACAAGCGUGUCUCCCAGGGCCAUAACGGGGACCUGUAUUUCUCUAACGUGAUGGUGCAGGACAUGCAGACCGACUACAGCUGCAAUGCCCGCUUCCACUUUACCCACACCAUCCAGCAGAAGAACCCAUUCACCCUCAAGGUCCUCACCAACCACCCCUAUAAUGACUCGUCCUUAAGAAACCACCCUGACAUGUACAGUGCCCGAGGAGUUUCAGAAAGAACCCCCAGCUUCAUGUACCCGCAGGGCACCGCGAGCAGUCAGAUGGUGCUGCGCGGCAUGGACCUGCUGCUGGAGUGCAUCGCCUCCGGGGUCCCCACACCAGACAUCGCGUGGUACAAGAAAGGCGGGGACCUCCCAUCGGACAAGGCCAAGUUUGAGAACUUCAACAAGGCGCUGCGCAUCACCAGCGUGUCUGAGGAAGACUCGGGGGAGUAUUUCUGCCUGGCCUCCAACAAGAUGGGCAGCAUCCGGCACACGAUCUCGGUGAGAGUAAAGGCUGCUCCCUACUGGCUGGACGAGCCCAAGAACCUUAUCCUGGCUCCUGGCGAGGAUGGGAGGCUGGUGUGUCGAGCCAAUGGGAACCCGAAGCCCACUGUCCAGUGGAUGGUGAAUGGGGAACCUUUGCAAUCGGCACCGCCCAACCCAAACCGCGAGGUGGCCGGGGACACCAUCAUCUUCCGGGACACGCAGAUCAGCAGCCGGGCCGUGUACCAGUGCAACACCUCCAACGAGCACGGCUACCUGCUGGCCAACGCCUUCGUCAGCGUGCUGGACGUGCCACCUCGCAUGAUGUCCCCACGGAACCAGCUCAUCCGGGUGAUCCUGUACAACCGCACACGGCUGGACUGCCCCUUCUUCGGGUCCCCCAUCCCCACACUCCGAUGGUUUAAGAAUGGGCAAGGGAGCAACCUGGAUGGUGGCAACUACCACGUCUACGAGAACGGCAGCCUGGAAAUCAAGAUGAUCCGCAAAGAGGACCAAGGCAUCUACACCUGCGUCGCCACCAACAUCCUGGGCAAAGCCGAGAACCAGGUCCGCCUGGAGGUCAAAGACCCCACCAGGAUCUUCCGGAUGCCUGAGGACCAGGUUGUCAAAAGGGGCACCACCGUGCAGCUGGAGUGUCGGGUCAAGCACGACCCCUCCCUGAAGCUCACGGUCUCCUGGCUGAAGGACGACCAGCCGCUCUACAUCGGGAACAGGAUGAAGAAGGAAGACGACUCCCUGACCAUCUUUGGGGUGGCUGAGCGGGACCAGGGCAGCUACACGUGCGUCGCCAGCACGGAGCUGGACCAAGACCUGGCCAAGGCCUACCUCACCGUGCUAGCUGAUCAGACCACUCCAACUAACCGUUUGGCUGCCCUCCCCAAAGGACGGCCGGACAGACCGCGGGACCUGGAGCUCACCGACCUGGCCGAGAGGAGCGUGAGGCUGACCUGGAUCCCAGGGGACGAUAACAACAGCCCCAUCACAGACUAUGUGGUCCAGUUCGAAGAGGACCAGUUCCAGCCAGGGGUGUGGCACGACCAUUCCAAGUUCCCAGGCAGCGUCAACUCGGCCGUCCUGCAGCUGUCCCCGUACGUCAACUACCAGUUCCGGGUCAUUGCUGUCAACGAGGUCGGCAGCAGCCACCCCAGCCUCCCGUCCGAGCGCUACAGAACCAGCGGGGCCCCCCCUGAGUCCAAUCCCAGCGACGUGAAAGGAGAGGGGACCAGAAAGAACAACAUGGAGAUCACGUGGACGCCCAUGAAUGCCACCUCCGCCUUUGGCCCCAACCUGCGCUACAUCGUCAAGUGGCGGCGGAGAGAGACUCGAGAGACCUGGAACAACGCCACAGUGUGGGGCUCCCGCUUCGUGGUAGGGCAGACCCCUGUCUACGUGCCCUAUGAGAUCCGAGUGCAAGCCGAAAAUGACUUUGGGAAGGGCCCGGAGCCAGACACGGUCAUUGGUUACUCCGGAGAAGAUUAUCCCAGGGCUGCACCCACUGACGUUAAAAUCCGAGUCCUGAACAGCACAGCCAUCAGCCUUCAGUGGAACCGCGUCUACUCCGACACGGUCCAGGGCCAGCUCAGAGAGUACCGAGCCUACUACUGGAGGGAGAGCAGCUUACUGAAGAGCCUGUGGGUGUCUCAGAAGAGACAGCAAGCCGGCUUCCCUGGUGACCGCCUCCGGGGCGUGGUGUCCCGCCUCUUUCCCUACAGUAACUACAAGCUGGAGAUGGUUGUGGUCAAUGGGAGAGGCGAUGGGCCUCGCAGUGAGACCAAGGAGUUCACCACCCCGGAAGGAGUACCCAGCGCCCCCAGGCGCUUCCGAGUCCGGCAGCCCAACCUGCAGACAAUCAACCUGGAGUGGGACCACCCGGAACACCCCAACGGCAUCCUGACUGGGUAUUCUCUCCGAUACCUGCCCUUUAAUGGAACCAAACUAGGAAAGCAGAUGGUGGAGAACUUCUCUCCCAACCAGACCAAGUUCACGGUGCAGAGAGCGGACCCCGUGUCACGCUACCGCUUCACCCUGAGUGCCAGGACGCAGGUGGGCUCCGGGGAGGCAGUCACGGAGGAGUCGCCGGCGGCCCCGAAUGAAGCUACUCCAACCGCAGCUCCUCCCACGUGGCCCCCGACCACGGUGGGUGCCACGGGCGCCGUGAGCAGUACCGAUGCUACUGCCACUGCUGCCGCCGCCACCGAAGCCACAACAGUCCCCAUCGCCCCACCUGUCGCACCUACCACCAUCGCCACCACCGUCGCCACAACUACCACCACCACUGCCGCCGCCACCAUGGAGAGUCCUCCCACCACCGGGACUAAGACACAUGAAUCCGCGCUGCCUCCCUCCUCACCACUAACUCCUCUUCUAACCCGCCCUUCAGCCCCCGACGAGCAGUCCAUAUGGAACGUCACGGUGCACCCCAACAGUAAAUGGGCCAACAUCACCUGGAAGCACAAUUUCGGGCCCGGAACUGACUUUGUGGUUGAGUACAUUGACAGCAACCAUACGAAAAAAACUGUCCCUGUUAAGGCCCAGGCCCAGCCUAUACAGCUGACAGACCUCUAUCCCGGGAUGACAUACACAUUGCGAGUUUAUUCCCGGGACAACGAGGGCAUCAGCAGUACCAUCAUCACCUUUAUGACCAAUACAGCUUACACCAACAACCAGCCCGACAUCGUCACCCAGGGCUGGUUCAUUGGGCUCAUGUGCGCCAUCGCCCUCCUGGUGCUGAUCCUGCUCAUCGUCUGUUUCAUCAAGAGGAGCCGUGGUGGCAAGUACCCAGUGCGAGAAAAGAAGGAUGUUCCCCUUGGCCCCGAGGACCCCAAAGAAGAGGAUGGCUCGUUUGACUACAGUGACGAGGACAACAAGCCGCUGCAGGCGAGCCAGACGUCGCUGGACGGCACCAUCAAGCAGCAGGAGAGUGACGACAGCCUGGUGGACUAUGGCGAGGGCGGCGAGGGGCAGUUCAACGAGGAUGGCUCCUUCAUCGGCCAGUACACGGUCAAAAAGGACAAGGAGGAGACCGAAGGCAACGAGAGCUCGGAGGCCACGUCGCCCGUCAACGCCAUCUACUCUCUGGCCUAGCGGAGCCCGGGCACAGCCACUGCUUUCCAAGGCGGGGGAGAGGCGCAGGGGCGACCGAGCCACCGCCACCUUCGUGGACAGGGUACAGCGUGGGGGCCUGCCAAGCUGUGAGGACCACUGACCACCCAGCCAACCAUAAGCCUCUCCCAAUGACCCACACACCAGGUGCCAUCGGUGGGGGAGAGCCCGAGCCAUGGCCGAGCUCAGCUGGAGGGCACCCGGGCCCCUGCUCAGCCUCACAGCCGCCCUGAGCCUUCCCCCCGACACUGCCUGCCCUUGACCUCAGCAUACACUCACCACUUCCUGUC